AUGGACAAAGGUGACAUUAUCGUAGAAACUUCAGAGGAUGAAAAUACAUCACGUCUGACUCAACCAACCAUGAUUUCAAAUACCUCUGAAGAUACUACUUUGUGCGAAAUUACUUUAAGUACACCCCAGCAAUUAAAUACUUCAGAAGGUUUCGCAACUUCACGCGAAAGUACACCUUGUCCAACAGUUCAUUCAGCUACAAGCACUUUAAUAGCGACACCUAAUAAACCCAUUAUCACGAAAUCAACAUAUGAUGAAUUUUCUGCACACAUAAUUUGUGCUUUUAAUACAACGAUACAUCUUGUCAAAGAAACGAUCGAAGAACCAAUAUAUGAGAGAGUUUGUAAUAUGCUCCAGUCAAGAAACAAACUGGCUAUGAGUGAUUCGAUAAUCAAAAAGCUCGAAGACAUAUUUCAAGCAAAUUAUUCUGAAAUCGAAUCUAAAAUAAUUUCGGAAACAAAUAUUGGAGAUAAUCAAACAUCGGAAGAGAAUAGAUUUAUGUUCUUUAUACGAUGUGCAUUACUGGACUUUGUCUUUAGGUUUAGAUAUUUGAUGCCGAAAGUCUUAGAUCGAGACAUGCUUGAACGAUCCUACAUUGUCGAAUGUCUGUCCCCAAUUCUGCGAGCAUUUCACAAUGCUUUUCCUGACGUCAAAUACAUGUGGUUAGAAAAAGACAUAAGAUCUAUAAAGGAAGCGAAUAUCAUGUUUACAAGUAGUUUUGGGCAACGAAAAACGGAUUUACUCAUCCUCCGAUUAUCAGAUGCAAGGGAGCUUUUGAAUGUCGAAGUGUCUGGCCUCCUUACAGAUCAAUGA